ACCCCCACAUGGGAAUUCAUUUGUUUUGUUUCAAUUUAACCGAUUCUAACUACGUUUUUUUCCUCAUUACCUGCUCACUCUAUUUGCGAGUAAGAUAUUUGUUUUAACUAACUUUAAACUUUCCUUAGAGAAAACAUCAGUCUUAUUUGAGAGGUAGCCUUUAACCUUGUUGAGGUCCCCAAAUGAAGGUUGAGGGUUUAGCUGAGGGCAGGGCUGUGGGUACCCCCUGCCCUGGUCCUGCCAGCCAGUGCUGUAUCUCGCGACUGCUAAGCGUGGUGGAGAGCGAGUUGCAAGCGGGGCGCGAGAAGGGAGACCCCACCGAGAAGCAGCUGAAGGUGACGCUCGAGGAAGCGGAACUGUGGCGGAAGUUUAAGGAAGUCACCAAUGAGAUGAUAGUCACCAAGAGCGGCAGGCGGAUGUUUCCGGUGCUGAAAGUGAGUGUAUCGGGUCUGGACCCCAACGCCAUGUACUCCUUCCUGCUGGACUUCCAGCCAGCUGACAGCCACCGCUGGAAGUACGUUAACGGGGAGUGGGUUACAGCCGGUAAACCGGAGCCUGUCGGUAAUGGUUGUGUGUACAUCCAUCCCGACUCACCCAACUUCGGAGCCCACUGGAUGAAGGCACCUGUCUCCUUCAGCAAGGUCAAACUCACCAACAAGCUCAACGGAGGUGGACAGAUCAUGUUGAACUCUCUCCAUAAGUAUGAACCUCAGCUCCACAUUGUGAGAGUGGGCGGAAGCCACCGAAUGGUCACUAACGUCUCUUUCAGCGACACACAGUUCAUCGCUGUCACUGCCUACCAGAAUGAAGAGAUCACCGCUCUGAAGAUCAAAUACAACCCCUUCGCUAAAGCUUUCCUGGAUGCCAAAGAGAGGUAA